GAAAUGGCGCAGCAAGUGAUUCAGCUGAACCGAGAAAAACUGAGCUGUUCGAUCUGUCUGGAUCUUCUGAAAGAUCCAGUAACUAUUCCUUGUGGGCACAGCUACUGCAUGAGCUGUAUUAAAGACUGCUGGGAUGUGGAAGAUCAAAAGAAAAUCUACAGCUGCCCUCAGUGCAGGAAGAGAUUCACACCGAGGCCUGUCCUGGUGAAAAACACCAUGUUUGCAGAGUUAGUGGAGGAACUAAAGACAGUAGGACUCAAAGCUGCUCCACCCGAUCGGUGCUAUGCGGGACCUGGAGACGUGGCCUGUGAUUACUGCACUGAGAGGAAGCUGAAAGCUGUCAAGUCCUGUCUGGUGUGUAUGGCUUCUUACUGUGAGCAACACCUCCAGCCUCACUACAAUGUAGCGCUUUUAAAAAAACACAAGCUGGUUGAAGCCACUUUAAAGCUUCAGGAGAACAUCUGCUCUCACCACGACGAGGUGAUGAAGAUUUUCUGCCGCACUGAUCAGCAGUGUAUCUGUUAUCUCUGCUCCAUGGAUGAACAUAAAGGCCACAACACAGUCUCAGCUGCAGCAGAAAGGGCUGAGAAGCAGACACAGCUGGGAGUGAGUCAGCAAAAAAUCCAACAGAGAAUCCAGGACCGAGAGAAAGACGUGAAAGUGCUUCAACAAGAGGUGAAGGCUAUCAAUCUGUCUGCUGAUAAGGCUGUGAAUGACAGUGAGAAAAUCUUCAAGGAGUUGAUCUGUCUCAUUGAGAAAAGAAGCUCUGAAGUGAAGCAACAGAUCAGAUCUCAGCAGAAAACUGAAGUAAGUCGAGUUAAAGAGCUUGAGGAGAAGAUGCAGCAGGAGAUAAGUGAGCUGAGGAGGAAAGAUGCUGAGCUGGACCAGCUCUCGCACACAGAAGAUCACCUUCAUUUUCUAAACAACUACCCCUCACUCUCUCAAGUGAGUGAAUCUACAGACUUACCCACUAUCAAUAUCUGUUCUCUCUGGUACUUUGAGGAUGUGACUACAGCUGUGUCAGAGGCCACAACUAAACUGCAGGCUGUUCUGAGUGAAGAAUGGACAAAAAUCUCACAGACAGUGACUGAAGUGGAUGUUUUACUGGCACUAGACGAGCCCAAGACCAGAACCAAGUUUUUGAGAUAUUCACAGAAAAUCACAUUGGAUCCUAAUACAGCACACACACGUUUGUCACUGUGUGAGAGCAACAGAAAAGCAACAUUAAUGGCAGUAGAACAGUUAUAUUCCAGUCACCCAGACAGAUUCUUAGAAAGGUGGCAGGUCCUUAGUAGAGAGGGUCUGACUGGACGUUGUUACUGGGAGGUGGAGUGGAGCGGGAAGGUUGUCAUUGCAGUCGCAUACAAGAAUAUUAGCAGGACAGGGACCAGGGACAAUUGUGGAUUUGGAUUAAAUGAAAAGUCAUGGACAUUAGAAUGUAACAGCAGAGGUUCAACUCAAUUCAGACAUAAUAAAAUCUUAACUCCCAUCUCAGGUCCUCUGUCCUCCAGAGUCGGAGUGUACCUGGAUCACAGUGCAGGUAUUCUGACUUUCUACAGUGUCUCUGAAACCAUGACUCUCCUCCACAGAGUCCAGACCACGUUCACUCAGCCUCUCUAUCCCGGAUUUUGGCUUCCAAAUCCUCUUGGAGGCACUGCUGAGUUGUGUGAUCUCAAGUAUAAAUGAGUUAUUACACAGUGAGAUGUUGUGCUGUUUAUCUGUGGUGCUAUGUGGUAUUUGUUAGAGUGCGUCUACACUGCAUCUCUUAGAGAUUGAACAUCAUGGGUGGCGCUACGAUGAACUGUGAAUUUGCUACAAAAAUGAAAAAUAUUAUGGAAAUGUCCAAUAACAAUUCAGUUUUUGCUCUACUUAAAAUUUAAUUUGGUGAUUUUAUAAAUGGGCUUAAUUAAAACUACAAAAUAAAUAAUGUACUGUCUGUAAUAAACAUAUAUAUGUAUUUGGAUUUUUGUUUGUCGCUUUAGACAAAAGCAUUUGUCAAAUGAUUGUAAUAUCUUCUAAGCAAUGUAAUUUUUGUCCUUCAUGAAUGUAAUUUGUAAGAUUUAAUGUUUACUUUUUAGACUACUGCUGUGUGUGCAGCAUACUAGCUCUUGUAAUGAUAUUGCAAAAUUGCAUUUCUGUUUUUUAAUUUUUUUUGAAAAUAAUGUAUAACAUUACCUAAAAAGUACAUGACAAAACAUUAGUAAAAGUUGGUACAGUACUCUGUGGUAGUAUAUAUAAUUUUUAAUUUAAAAAAAAAAAAUCAUUUUUGCAAGUGUGACUUUAGGUAUUUUUUACAUGUUAAAAAUUUUAAGGAAGAUCCUAGAAAUAAAUAAAUAGUAAAAGUACAUGAAAAAACUUUGCACAGACAACAUGUUUUAGAUUUCACCUCAAAUGCUGUAUAUUGCUUCUUUCACUGUAAUAUAUCACAAAAAUCAAUAGUUUUUGUAUGAAAUUUCUUGAAUCUUGUCUGAUGAAGGUCUGAAGACCUAAACAUUGUUAAUAAAGUGAUUAGAAGUGA